AUGGCCGAAAGAAGAGGAAGUUUGCGAAUCUUAACGAAUGACAUUUUAUUAAAAAUUUAAAAAAAUUUUUUUAAAUUUGAAUGUUCGGUCCGUACCGUGUGUUUACUAUCCUUGAUGAACGAUGGAUUGCGGGAUACAUUAAAAAUUAAUCCGUUCUUCUGCAGUCACAUUGAACGAUUAUGUUACUGAAUGAUUGUUGGUGAGAGAUGUUAUGUUUAUUUCUUUAAUACGAGAAGGCGUUUGUAAGGUGCUGUCAUGGACACUGAUGUUGAACUGUCUAAAGAAGGAUGUGAAUCUGGUCCAGGUUGUUCCGGUUAUUCUAGCAUGGUGCACAGUAAGAAAGUUAUCAAACAUGCAUUGCGGCAACAGGCCAAGAGACGUAGGAAAAAUACCACCAUAGCAGCAGGAAAUUCUCGUACUUUGCCAAGAAUCGUUGUUAAGCCACUGCCACCACCUCCACCAAAUGAACCACCACCUCAGGUCAACAAUGUACAACACAUCAAUACAGUAGUUGAAGAACCUGCUGCAACAAUGAGGGAAGUUUUGGCUAGUUUGCCAGGAUUUAGUUUAAAAUCAGGACGAAGACGUUCAACAAAAAGAUUGUCUGCAACUGCACAAUUAGAAGCUGGUUUAGUAGAUCUUGAAUCACCAGCAAGCAUUCUAGCAAGUACAAGUUUACGUGCUCUUUUAAACAGGCACACGUUCCAAGGCCUUCCUCCUUUAUAUCAGAGAAAGCUCGCACAGCUUUUACCUGCCGUUGACAGACAGGAUGCAGCAACUUCUGGAUUAAAUAAUGAGUUUUUUGCUCGAGCUUGUUUAGAAUGGCGUAAACGAUUAGCAGAAGGAGAAUUUACUCCAGAAAAUCAACAGCGAUUAAAGAUGGAAGCAGAGCGUGACAAAAAUAAAUUAGAUCCUUGGAAAGUAAAACAUUUUGAACCCAUUUGGGGUGAGAAACGUGAACCUAAACUAAGAUCGGGUCUUCAUUGCAUUAAUGAAUCACGAUCUAGUGGUGCAGUUACACGUUCAAGCCUAAGGUUACGUUUAGAAAACAAUAUUGAUACAAUUACAUCAGAAAAUACUCAUUGUCCUAUUGUAUUGUCAGAAGAUAAAAUUGAGGAAGAUAGUUGUAAAAUUGACAUUAAUACAAAUAACACAGAAGAUAUAAAUGAUGCACAGGAAGAGCAUGCAAAUCUUUUAUCAACUGAAUAUAAUGAAUCUAUACACACUGACUCUGUAGAAAUAGCAGUAAGCACGCAAUUAUGUCAGGAAAGGAUAGAUGAUGCUAUUCAUGUUAAUGAUGUUACAGAAGAAACACCAAAAAAUAAUGAGAUAGAAAAUCAAAUUUGUCAGGAAAAGAAUGUAGAUACGUAUAUGGAAGAAGAGUUACAGGAAAAUCCUAAGGAAGUGGAAGAUGUCAAAGAUCACCUUCUUGAAGUUGCAGAAGAAAAUACAGGACCUUUAUUAGAGGAUAAUUCAUCAUCAAAAUCUAAUGAACAGUCAGAACAUGUACCUUUAGAAGAACCAAGUUCACAAUUAUCCAAAGAAUGUAUAUCUGAAGCUUCAGUGGAUCAAAUAUCUCAAAUAUCAAAAGAACAAAUUACCCAAAUUUCUGAUGAUCAGAUUUAUCAAAUAACAGAUUGUGAAACUAGUACUGCACUUGGAAAUUCACCAACACAUUCUCAAGUUAGAACAAGUGAUAUUGUGAUGGAUGAGUCAAAUUUGAUGGUUAAUAAUACACAAUCAGAGUCAGGACCAGUUUCACAUGAAAAUUCAGCAGAUGGUGAGUCACAAAUUCCUGAGGGAAUGGAAAUUGAUAGUGAAACUUUACAACGUAUACACGAGCUAGAGGUACGAGGGGAAAUGCGAGAAGCUUAUGAAGAAAUUUCAGGAUGUCCAGAAGAAAUUAUGUAUCCUAUUUUAGAGAGUAUGGAAAUGGAAUCAAAUAAUACUGAAGAAACAGAAGCUCAGGUGGUAUCCGCACAAGUAGAAGAUGUUAGAGGGCCACAAGACGUAACUGGCGGAAAUGAAGAUGAAGCUUUGAGAGAAGCAAAUAAUUAUGUUUGUUCAGAAAUGUUAGAAUGUAGCUGGACAGUAGAUCCUGCUGUUAAUACCAUCAAUAAUAAUAAUAGGACACAAGAAGAACUUCAAGUUCCCUGGCCUUUGGUAGCUGCUGCUUUAGACGGUUCAGUUGCUGCUAAUAUCACAGUGACUACACAAGAUGAAUGUGGUGAAACACCUGCUACAACUGAAUCAACAAAUGCUGCACAACAAUUCAUAAACUCAGAUGCUACUGUUGAAUCUGUUAACUGUAUUCAACUUCCCGUCGUUCAAGGAACUCCUUUUCAAUCUGAAAAUUUAGCAAUUGGUAAUCCAGGAACAAGUUGCAUAAUGAAGAAUCUCCAAUCACAGAAUCCACCAAUUAUUGCCUUUCCACAAUUGCAGUCUAUUAGAUUUGUACAAACCAGUUUUCAUUCAGAGCAAAAUACAACACCAGUAUUGAAUAAUGCUACUGCAAUUUCGACUCAGUUACAAAAUCAGCCGAACUCAACUCCGCAGGUUAACAUUAUGAGAGCACAGGAAGAAAUUGUACAAUUGAACACACAAAAUAAUAUUCUGCAUAAUAAUAUCCGUGAUAAUGUGACACAAAAUCAAAUUCAAAAUACAGUACCAGUUGGAAUUGGAGUGCAAACACAGAAUAGAGCACAAAAUACUAUUAUGGUUCAACAUCAAGCAACAACACCUACACAAUCACGUCAAAUUGUCGCCACUUUACAUCAACAGCAGCAACAACCACAACAGUAUCAUAAUACAGCUGUGUCUGUUUCUUCAAGAACAUCUCGUUCUAAUAAUCAAGGAAAUCAAAGAGGUUCUAGGAAUAGUAAUAAAGAACAGGGGGGAGGAAGAUCCAGGGGUACAACUAAGGAGCCACCAGGAGCUGUUAAUUUGGAACGCAGCUAUCAAAUUUGUCAAGCGGUAAUACAAAGUUCACCAAAUAGAGAUCAACUUAAAGCCCAUCUUAAGCCACCACCUAGUUUGUUAGCAAGAGGUGAUGGAGCGUUUACAACUAGUAAGUCUGGCGGGCGAACAAUCACAACACUUAAAACUCAGAAAACACAACAAUCAAUGCAACACAAUAAGCAAGGACAAAAUAAACCUCAAGCAGUCAUGCUUAGGCAUGUGUUUGCUACAGCACGCCAAGCAACAUCUACAGAGGUUACAGAAAGCAAUACAGUAGCGCAGUUAGGAUCUACAGCUACCAGUGCACUUGGACAAUACAUUCUUGUGCAAAGGACAGGUGUCGGAGAUGGUGCACCAAGAGCGUCAUCUGCACCACCAUUACCUCCACAAAUUGCAGGAAUGGGUGUUGGAGUACAUUUAGUUAGAGGUAGACCAGCCAGUGCAGGAGAAGGCUCACAUCAAGCAGUUACGCUAAAGGCACGAGGUACCGAUGGCAGAGGAGCAGGCGGAGCUGAACCUGGAGCACCUGGUAUGAUUAUGGGUGGAGAUCCGCCACCACCUUGCGAUUGCAAUAUGCGGGGUGCUAUGGUAAUCUGUCGACAAUGCGGUGCCUUUUGCCACGACGAUUGCAUUGGACCACAGCGUAUCUGCGCUACUUGUCUUAUACGUUAAUUGUCAUCUAUUAAUUGUUUAUAUAUAAUGGUAAUUAACACUAGGGAGAAAGUGUUGAAUAUCAAACAAAAAUGUCGAACAGUAUUUGCAGCCAUGUAUGUGAACGUUAUAUUAUGAUUUAUUCAAUUGUGACAUUGUCACCUCCUUGGACAAUUUUUCAAAGUAUUAUAUGUGGUUCUAGAAAAUAGACAAAAAGAAACUAAUGCUACAAAAGAAACUGAUAGUUUAUCAUCAGCACUUUAAUAUUAAUACUAUUCUACGUGACAAGGGUAUCAAGGAUAUAGUUUAAAAGAAAUGAAAUUUGUUUAGUUAUCAUAUUAAUCUCUGACAUUCAUAUUGAAUUGAUCAUUCAUUUUAUUUUUGUUAUUUAAAACAACUUUAUAUACGUAUAUAUAAUAUAGAAUAUUGACCCAGUAUAUUUUACAUUAUGAGAUAAUUUACUAUUUUACGAUAAUUUGUAUAUUAUGUUUUGUACAGACAAAGUUUUUUAUACUCUCUUAUAUAUACGCUAUUUUAUUCUUUCUCUAUCUCUUUUUUUUUUUGUUUAAAUCUUUUAAUGCGUGGAACAAUAAUGUAUCUAUUAUAUUAUGCUUUAUGUCUUAUAUUUUUAUCACUGGAAUUUUUUUCUGUGAUGACAUAAUUCGAUUUUAUUAAAUUUCACGUUUAUCUUAUCGGUACAAUAUCAUUAUUUAACUGUAUAAAAUUUCAUUACAUAUUAUAUUAUAUUUAAACAUUAUCGCAAUAUAAUUAUCUCUCAUAACAAUAUUUAGUAUUUUAAUACAAUAAUACCAUAAACGUGAUUAUUUCAGAAAUUGUUAGUAUUUAUAAAUAUAAAUUUCAACUGUAUCCUUGCAACUCAAAUUUGCAGUAAGAAGUAAAUUUCUUACAGUCCGACUCUAAUACCGUCUUCCACUCAAUAUUACAUUCUGUAAUAUGCAUCGCGCGCUAUUUAUUUAUUAAUGCAAAUUUAAAUUCAUUCUCAUUGUGUAGGAAAUAUCCCUGUACAUGGUGGUCAUAAGACUAUAUAAUGAUCUCUUAUAAUGACUUUCUUAAGUCCCCCAAGGAGACUGUUAAAGUAUGACACUUUAGAACAGAAUUUAAAAUGUCAUUUGCAUAAUAUUAAUUAUGGUAUUAUUUAAAUACGUGCAAGAUAGGCCAUGGUGUACAGGAAUGCUAUUUACUAUAUAGUAUAUUAGAGCUACAAUCAAUUAAACAGUGAAGAAUCAAUUUAGCUGUUAUAUCUUAUUUUGUUAUAGAUAAUCUCUAAAACAUCUCUCUAAGUCCGUUAUUCAUUUUUCAUUAGUACCGUGCAACUUGAGAAGAAAUCAAUUCUUUCAAUUGACAUUACAUUUUGUAUAUAGUCAACAUUAUAAUUAUUCAUUUUUAUAUAUUUGUUCAUUGCUCAUUUGUUAUUUUAUUAUGUCAUUGAUACGACUUCAAUCGUGUACGAUUGUCAUUGCGAAAUAUAGGGACUUUGCUUCACGCGUAAUAUUGAUUUUUUUUUCAUGUUAUAUUUUAUUCAUCGAUAUUAGUAAUUAUAUAAUUAAAUUUCAGUAGAAUAAUCGAUGUAUUUGUCGCUCAAAUGUAAAUAAAAUCAUAUUCGUUUAUCGUGUGUGAAUUAGUUUAAUACGCAGAUUGUACAUGGCUUAAUUGUAUGUACAAUUCUUCUCGUAAUGAAUUUGCACAUAGAGCGUUUUACAGAAGAGUUAAGGUAUGCAAGUUACCACUUGGAAUGUAUCUGUGGAAGAUCAAUAGUGAUAUUGUACAAGAAAAAGGAUCUAUAAUCUACAGGUUAUUUCUUACAUUAUCUUAUAUUGAUUUUUUUUUCUUUAAAGACUAUCUUCCAUCUCUAGAACUGCAGGGUUGUCUAUUUUUUCCUUUUUUUUAACUGAGCUUUGUAAUAUUUUUGGAUUUUAGCUCAGUAAGGAGAUUUUAAACAUAUGCAGGUGAGAGACUCAAAGUAAGACGAGAGAUAACAUUGUUGCGUAUCGUAGCUCGAGUUGUCCUCGAACUUUUAAUAAUUUGUAUCACCAUGAUGCGACAGUCAUGACAGACAACCAUAGCAACACCUCGUAAUCGUUCUGCCGCCAAUCGUUGUUCGGAACUUGGACUAGCAAAUGUUGAAAAUGCUUUUGUAGCUGUGGUAGUUGCUGGACUACCACUUCCUUUAUAAUUUCUAUAAAUACAUCAUCAUUAUAUAUUGAAAACUUAUCAUAAAUAAACACAAGUGUCAAUGUCUCGCCGAGAAUUAGAUGAAGGAAUCGAAGUUGGCGUUACAGCCGAAAGGGGUGUAGUCGCAGGAGUAGAGGAAGGUGUUAUACUUCGCAAUGCAGAAUCUUUACGUCUAGAAGCUGGUGAUGCUGGCGCUGAACCAACUGCUCCUGUACCUCUUAACCAAGAAUUUUUUCCACUCGUAUCUGGUUCAGAAGAUGAUGGCGAUAACAAUAAACCAGGAGACAAUAAUACCACCGGUACAUGAGCAAAAUGUUCGGUUGGAAUCCGCAUCUACAAUUAUUAUUAACAAUGAUCAAAGUUUAAGAGAUAUACCCUUUUAAAUAGGAAACAUAUUUUGAGAGAUAUAUUACUAACUUUAGAGUAACAUUUCACGCAGACUGUUCUUUCGCAAAGUCGACAACGCUGACCCCAUGGCCCUAAUAAACCAAAUCUUGUUUUCAGACACAAAAAACAAACACGUCUUUUCUCUACGUCUUCUUUCACUUGACCCUCGACAGGCAAUGAUUCCAAUUCGGCCUUAGUCAAUACGCUACGAAUAUGUACGAUUUCUUCUAGCGUUAAUGAAAGUCUUUCAUCAAAAAACAUAUCACCCAAGUUAGGUUUCUAAAAAAAGAAAAAAAAAAGAAGAAAAAAAUAGAGAAAAAACCAAUAAUUAUCGUUCGAACAAUAUCAAAAUGUUAAAAUUUGUUUCUGUCAUUUUUUCAUAAUUUUUUUUACCUGAGUAUUAUCUUCUUGCCAAUCAACGUUCCGAUCCUCGAUAUUAUCUUUGCCUUCAACAACCGUAUUCGAUCUCCGGGGCUGCCUCGCUCUAGGCUGAGGACUAAGAUUUGGACUUGGACUGAGACUAAUAUAUGGACUAGUGCCUUGACUCAAAGUAGAUCCUGUUACGCUUGCGUGUUGCCGACUUUGAGGUCUUGAAUGAGGAAGAGAUGUUGUUCCAGUAAAAGAUGUAAGAGCUAUAUUACGCCUAGCUGCGUGUUUUCUUGCCGAAGCCCUUCUAGAUGGGCAUUGAGUCGCAAGAUCGUAUGCUGUAAAUUAAGAGAACCAAAACACUUAAGUUCAAGGGACAAUAUAACAAAGGUCAAUUAAAUAUUCUUUCAUGCAUUAAAGGUUAAAGUGUAAAGUUAUAGACACGUUGAAUUAAUAUAUAAAAAAAAUUUCUCUUGAAAAUAAAUUAUAUAUGCAUAUCAUUACAUUCCAGUUGAGUAUCGCAGAAACGAUGAUACUCGUUUCUUGUAAGUCGAAGACCACCAGUUUUUUUCCAAGGAUUCGCUGAAUCCGCAUCAUCGUCGUCUCUCUCGUAAUCAUGAUCCUUAUUAUCGUUUGGAAUAUCACGAUUUUCAAAUGGGUAAUCAUAGGCCUCGUCUUCUUCCUCGAAUCUCGCUACGUUCAGUUCAUCAUUAUAAUCCUCAUCGUCUUCAUCUUCUGCAUCUAACUACAAAUAGGAUAAAAAUAUUUUUUUAUUAUAUAAAUUAAAUUGAAUUUCAAAUAAGUUUAAUGGAGCAAGCAGUCGAAUGGCACUACACCUUUAAAUCGAAAUCAACGGGGAUCACUUUUCUAGUUCGUCUGGUAUUUAAACCGUCGGAAUCUCUACGAGCAGGCUUUGGUAUGGUCGGUGACCCAUUUUCUUUCACAUUAUUACUGUCGGAUGACUGUUCUGUAAAUUUAAUUUUUCAAUCUUAAGUUACUCCUUAAUGCAAUUAAAGUAUGAAGCAUCAGAAGUACAGGUCUUAAUGAAAUAUGAUUGAUAUGACACACAUUAUGUGUAUCGUCGUAUUUUAUUCAUUUAUAUAUAAACUUUAUUGAAUUGUGCCAAUGAACAAAAUCUCCUAAUUUCAUAAAUACAUAAAUGCGAUGAAUAUGUAAUUACACAAAUGGAAAAGUAUAUCUACGAAUAAGAAAUAUGAUGAGGAUGGUCGAGCGACCUCUCUAGCAAGAUAAAUAAAAAUUGAAAUAAUGUGAGAUGAUUCAUGAGAAAUAUACAUUGAAACAAUUUUUAUUUUGUAGAUAUAGUUUAGCAUUUUGCACUGGAAAAUCACCGAUCAAACGUCUGGAAAAAAAAAUAUUUAUAUUUAUAAAAAUAUCUUGAGAAGCAGGAUAACGAAAUAAUUAUUUGUAAAUGUACACAUAGAAUAUCUUACGUCGACGAUUCUACUAAUGCGAUGGAUGUGAUGAUUACCUGGCGUAAUUCGUCUUCUACGCGACUUACGAUUCCUAUUUCCUGGCACGCGAUUCUCAAAUUUUCCAAUCCUUUGCCGUGGUUGUGGUACCGGAACAAGACCAGGAGUACUCCGAUUAGUUUUUGUCAUGUUCGUCGUCGUGGUGGUGGUAGUUUGAUCAUCAGACUGCAACCAUUGAGCCGCAACAUCCUGAGCAGGUUCUUGUUCCUGUUCCGGUUGAAUCGGUGGCACUUCACCUAACACUAUUCUACGUGAUUCGCCACCCACAGCGAGUAACAUCACUCUCUCUCUAGUCCUUUCUCUCUUGGAUAUAUCGCUUAUUAUCAUUUAGAUGAAGAAUAAUCGAAAAUUCAAUGCAAUUUACCGUAUGGAAUCUUCUUAAAUCACUGAUUUUAAAUAGACGGUAUUAAACGCGAUUAUUUUAAUACCCUAUAAGAGAAAUCUUCUUAGAAAAUUAAAAAAAGAAAAAAAAAAAAAGAAAAAUCUUUUCAAAUCAUAUUGUCUUUAUCAUAUUGUUCUAACUUCAUAUUUCUCUUGCAUAGAUAUCGUCAUGCAUAUUACACCAAAUUAACGUUUGUCCCGUUCCACACGCGUAUUUUUUUCACGUAUCUAUUAGUGAAUACUAAAAAAGAAGAAA